UAUCAUUUCUCAGUCAAAUUGGACAUUAGCUUUCAGUGAGCAGUCACUGAAGAUGGAAACAGAAGAAAGAGCGGCUGUUAAUAAACCAUUCAUUGUGCUGCUGAAUCUGGUUGCUUGGAUAAUCCUGAUAACAGCUGUGGUAUUAGGAGCCAUUCAUGUCAACGAAUGCCCCAUUCAUCCCCACAUUCCUAUAUAUCUGAUUGUUAUUGGUGUGAGUGGGAUCAUUUUAUUGAUGUUGGCCUACUGGACGAACUCACUGGAUAACGAAGUCUGGAAAGUGCGCUGCCUUAUAUGUAUUCUACUCAUGGUCAUUUUCAACAUUAUCUGGUUUCUAAGAGGUAAGAAAUGGUUAGAAAAUAGGACUGAAAAAUGUGGAGAAAACAUAUCACUGAACUUUUCAUGUGACUCUGUUCACUGUUGUACAGGCAGUGUACUGAUCUACUCUAUCUACCCCCCCAACUACAACUCAGCUCUUGUGGAUGUGCCCUACUGCAAUAAGACUCUUUACCUCUUUGCCUUCUGGACUACAACACUGAUGUACAUCCUGCUAGCAGUUGUAUUCAUGUGCGGUUGCUGUUAUCUUAUAUGCCUGUGUGUGUGCAAAAAAGACAACGUGUUGGAAGAAGCUCCUAGACUGCACAAAUACUAUAUUGACAUUUUGCGAUUUGUGGUUCUUCUGUUGUAA